AUGUCCACCCAAUCCGCCAAAAUAACACUAUCAACACUCCGACCUCUCAUCCGAUCCCUCCCUCCUUCACCACUAGCAGGCGAGUCGGUCCAGCUAUCGGACGCCCUCGAAGCUAUAGCCGAAAAGGCAUUCGCUUCUUCUUCCACACCAAACUCGGCAUCAGCGAGCAGCUCCUCGAUGGAGGCGUUGAAAGUCGCAGGUCACCAGAGGAGGAUAACGCAGAUGAGAGAUUCGAUAGUGAGGUUGAAGAGUGGGAAUGCACUGAAUAAUUACCCACUCACCAACUCCAUCCUCACCCCAGCCAACGACCCACACUACUACACUCGAUUCAGGAAUGGUGUCCGAAACGCUGAGCAGGGAAUCGCAAGACCUUGGUGGAAGAUAUUCUUCGAUAUCAAAGGUAAAGACUAG